AUGGCGACGGACAACUGUUGGACGCUGUGGCAACGUCUCCCUCCGCGUUACCAGCUCACGACGCAGGAGAUGGCAGACGAAGAAGAAAUAACGGGGGUCAUGGGAUCGAGGGUUGGUAGUCCUACGCCACGUUCGGCUUCCUCUCGGCAGUCGCCCCGAUAUCCUUCCGCCAAUCCCCAUUUUCCUGGAACUACUUUGGCAGGAAUUCCUCCACACACAACUGAUGACCGUUUGAGAGCGUUUCUGGAUCGCAGAAAGCUAGCAUUCCCGUUAAGGAACUCUAGAUACUUGCACAAUAUGAAGACUCUCCAACGUGUGAACUCAGCUCGGCAGAAGAUUACGAGUGACCCUUCCAUUGUAACCUAUGUGCCUUCCAUGAGAGCUAAAACGCUGCCUGCUUUUCCCGUCACCAAACUAUCCAACCUUCAGAGGGCAACCGUGGAGACAAGAGAAUAUUCUCUCAGUUCCAGGAACAACUUCUACCAAAUAAAACCUGACACUGGCUCACACAAGGUUGUCGCUGUACAUAACAUCUUCCCGUUUGACGAUUCCAAAUCGCUGGCGAGACAAUCCAAGGACCAAAGCAAGAAGUACGUGGUGAACGAAAUGAAUGAUGCUACCAUGUUCAUUGACAAUGACAAAAUUAUUUAUUUCAGAAAAACUAAACCGAACAUGACUCAGUCGGUAAUGGAGAGCAUAGGCACAUAUUCCGCGAAGAAGAACGAUGGGAGUUACAUUGCCCACCUCAGAAAGGCUUAUCUGAAGAACCCCAGGGAUCAUCCCAAACCAAAAGAGGCUGAACCAGACAUACACACUAUUCAAAGAGAGAGAACUGACUAUGACAAGAGGGUGGGGCAUAUAUUGGACUACUACUCUGGUAACGAAUGUGAGAAAGGAAGACAGUUUGAUGUAAACCGGAAGACUCAAGUUCCGGUUCAGACAGCAAGGACCGGAAGUCCUCGCCAGCGCAUCAGAUCCUCAAGUCCCCGCAGUGCACGCUUAAGGUCGCUGUUGUCAACCCCAGUCGCCCAGACUCCACCGAGUACAAGAAGCUGUGUUGGUCAUAUGGAUCCGUUUGAGGAGUGGAGCCUGUAUUUUAAACUUAACCAACGCUCCGUUCUCCAUGAGAAGCAGUUUUAUCUGAGAACUCCUGGAAUACGGGUACUUAUUCCGGGUGUUCAGAAUAUCACCCCAAGCGACGUGUCAAGCUGCAAAUGCCGCCUCUGUCGCGUUGAGAUGGAACUGUCUGUCAUUGCGCAAAUGAACGAGAUGGGCAUUGGGAUACCUAGUAACAUGACGUCAGAUCCGGUAAGCCCACCCAUACCACCGGAAGUGGAAUGUCCCGGAAGACCAAAUUCCGCAGCAAAUGAAAUCGAGAAACCCAAAGAGCUUCCCGAUUCUGAGCUUAUACCCAACGAUCUGCCUCGUGCCAAACAAAAUGGCGAACUCUUGACCAUCAAACUUCCGGAAAUUUCCGAAGAGACGUCUGAUAUAAGUUCCAUUGCAACCAAUCGAGACACGAAUCGAAAUGGGACAACCGUGUCAGUUGAUUGCGAUACACGGAAAGAAAGUGUUUCACUGGAUGUGGUGAGUGUUCCUGAAGCAGUUUCGACAUCUGACAAAGCAUGUUGUACUGAGGAACAGAACGUCGUUACUGGGGAAGAACCAAAGGACCAAGAAGCCCCAACUGUCUCGGAACAGGCUGAUACAGUGAAAGCUGGAAACUGUCGAUGAGCCAUCAGAUUUUCUGUCGCUGUUGAUGGUAACAGGCACACAAAGAAUCCUCCCAGAUUCAAUUAUUUGUUAUACACAUGUUGGUUUAGAACAUCCCAUAUGUGUGCUCAUUAGUUUCAGUG